GAAUGUGCUUCAGUGUAGCUGCCUGCACUGCCAGGAAAGGAGCGAACGAUAUAGCUCUGUCUGUCCAGAGCCGGGGAGGAAAUCUUCCUGGGUCGGCCAACCGAUACGUUUCGGGCUCCGAAGCACCAGAAGCCAGAUCUUCAUCCACCGAUUCAAAUCCCGGCGCUCCAGAUCUGCGGAAGUGAGCGUGAUCACCAAAGCACAAGCUUCAGGAUGGGUGAGGAUGCAGUGCAGGCAGAGAGGAGCAGCAUCGUGGGUCCCAACGAGAGUCACGACCUGCCGGUUCCCAGCCCCAGCCCCGCAAACAGUAUCUCGCCGCUGUCCCCCGGAGUGGAUGGCGGGCAGGCCAGUGCCAUCACCGUACUAACUCUGCUGGACAAACUGGUUCAUAUGUUGGACACGGUCCAGGAGAACCAGCGCAAGAUGGAAGAGCGGCAGGUCGAGAUUGAGGGCACAGUGCGCAACAUCCAGAGCGACGUGAUCAAGCUCUCCAAGAGCCACUCCUCCACCUCCAACUCGGUCGGCAAGCUGCUGGAGAAGUCGCGCAAAAUGAGCCUGAACCUGAAGGAGGUGAAGGAGAAGAUCGAUAAGCAGGCUGUCCAAGUGAAGAAACUGGAAGUCAAUCAUGCCCACUUGCUCAAGAGGGAUAACUUCAAGGUCCUCAUCUUCCAGGAGGAACGAGAGAUCCCCACAGAAGUGUUUGUGAAAGACUCCAUGCGCCAGCCCCUCCCGGCGGAGGAGGAAGCACCCGGAGUGAAUGCCAACUGCACCCAAGAAGACGGGAUGCAGACCAUCAGCCUGUCCUCUGACGAUGAGAUGGUGCCCCAUGAGGAUGAAGAUGCUGAGGAUGCUUUGGUCAACCAGGAUAUGGCCAGUGAGCGUUCAGAUUGGUCCCGUGCUGAGAAGAUCAAGCGUUCCAGUCUGAAGAAGGUGGAUACACUGAAGAGGGCCUUCUCACGGCAGACUAUCGAGAAGAAGAUGAACAAGAUUGGCUCCAAGAUUGUUUCCCCUGAGCAACGAGAGAAGCUGAAGAAAAGCUUCACUCCAAACCACCCCAAAAGCCCCAGCACCAAGAGCUCCUCCUUCAAAGUGGCCCCUCUGACCUUCAACGUCAAGAAGGUCCGGGAUGGAGAGGCCUCGCCCAAAACCAUGCAAACGGCAGAGUUCACCACAGAGCCCGUCAGCAGCCCAGAAACCGAACAGACCUUCAGCGAGGUGCACACAGAGCUGAAUCCCGCGUUGGAAGGAGCCCAAGGGGCCUGCUCAUCCCAGGAGGACCCAGAGCUGACCGUCCCGUCUGCCUGCAGCCCAGAGAGCGAGCUGCCUGUCUUAGAAAAUGGAGAUGCCCACCCAGACCUGCCUGCCACCCUGCAGCAGCCAGACCAGGCUGAAAAUGAAGAAGAAGGUGAGGAGAAGCAAGAGGAGAUGCCCACUGAGACAAAGAAGAUUGAGGUGGAGGCAAUGAUCCAAGCCGCACCUGUGGCUGUGGAGUAACCGUCCCAGGGUAACCCUGCCCUCUCCUCCUGCCAAAUAUCUAGGCAGCCGCCCUUCCCUUGUAC